GUGUAACGCGCGCGCGACGACGACUACGACUACGACGACGACGACGUAUAAUCGGAAUUUCACGAACUUCUACGUUCAGUCGGCGAUAAACCUCGGUAGGUGAUUAUUACCACGGUGUUGUAUUGUACAGAUAAUCGGACGACGAUGGCGCUAUUGGCUAAAAUUGCUAAAUGCGAGCUAAAAAACAGCCGGCGACUCUACGGCUCGACGAGCAAUUCCGCGGCGCCGGCCGUGAAAAUGUACGUCGAUGGAAAAUUCGUGGAUUCGAAAACCAAGGAAUUCGUGGACGUCCACAAUCCGGCUACGAACGCGGUGAUCUCGAGAACGCCAAAAUCGACGCGCGACGAAAUGGAGAGCGCGGUGACCGCGGCGAAAAAAGCAUUCGAAAAAUGGCGUUGGAGCAGCGUGAUAACGCGUCAACAAGUGAUGUUGAAAUACCAGGCACUGAUCAGAGCGAACAUGAAAAGAAUCGCCGAAAACAUCGUCAAAGAGAACGGGAAAACAAUGGUGGACGCCGAGGGAGACGUCCUCCGAGGCCUCCAGGUAGUGGAGAACUGUUGCGGAAUUCCGUCGCUCCUGAUGGGCGAGAGUCUGCCGAGCAUAGCGACGGACAUGGACACGGUGUCCUACCGUCUACCGAUCGGUGUCACGGCGGCGGUUUGCCCCUUCAAUUUUCCGGCGAUGAUACCGCUGUGGUCGUUCCCGCUGUCGGUCGCCUGCGGCAACACCGUGGUGAUGAAGCCAUCGGAGAGGGUGCCCGGCGCCACCAUGAUACUAGCGGAAUUGUUCGCCGAGGCUGGCGCGCCGCCCGGAGUCCUGAACGUCAUCCACGGGCAGCACGAGGCCGUCGAUUUCGUCUGCGAUCAUCCGGACAUCAAGGCGAUAUCGUUCGUCGGUUCUGACCAAGCGGGGAAGUACAUCUACGAGCGAGGAUCGGCGAAGGGUAAACGGGUCCAGUGCAACCUGGGUGCCAAGAAUCACUGCGUCGUGAUGCCGGACGCCAACAAGAACAAGACGAUCUCGCAAAUAGUCGGCGCCGCGUUCGGGGCGGCCGGUCAACGUUGCAUGGCGCUGUCCGUGGCUGUAUUCGUCGGCGAAUCGCGGGAUUGGAUAGCGGACAUCGUGCGCGCCGCGUCCCAGCUGAAGGUGAACGCGGGUCACGUGCCCGGUGCGGAUCUGGGCCCGGUGAUAUCGCCCCAGAGUAAGAAACGAAUCGCGGAGUUGGUGCAGUCCGGUAUCGAUGAGGGCGCCUCGGCCCCCCUGGACGGCAGGGGCGUCAGGGUGGAGGGAUUCGAGAACGGGAACUUCGUCGGACCUACGGUCCUCACGGGCGUAAGAACGGACAUGCGGUGCUACAGGGAGGAGAUAUUCGGUCCCGUGCUGCUCUGCGUGACCGCCGACACCCUCGACGAGGCCGUGGAGAUCGUCAACUCGAAUCCCUACGGGAACGGGACCGCCGUAUUCACGACGAACGGCGCCACCGCGCGCAGUUUCACCCACAAAAUCGACGUAGGACAGGUCGGCGUCAACGUACCGAUACCCGUGCCGCUUCCGAUGUUCAGUUUCACCGGGAGCCGAGGGUCGUUUCUGGGGGACAACCACUUUUACGGGAAAUAUGGACUGAAUUUCCUCACCCAGACCAAAACCGUAACUCAACUGUGGCCGUCUUCGGACGCCACCCACGUCACCUCGGCAACCGCCAUGCCCACCAUGCAAUAAUUUUGC